CGAAACAGUAGGCGGUGCGACGUCAAGUUCGCGGGAGAAGAAGCAUGGUGCCUUUACGUUUUACAGAAGCUUCAGAAAAGUCGUACAUGCGGCAAUUGUGAUGGCUGAUAUUUUAGGAGUCGUUUUCAGACGAUUCGCGUCGGGAACUGUAUCAGGGGAUGUAAUAUCCCCCCCUCACGCGGAAGGAAACACUCUGGUUCUCGGGGAUGUAAAUAUCAGCAGAUCUGUGUUGUUUCUUGCAGCUGUAACAGCUGCCACGGAUUUGGGGCUCAGAGUGCUGUUUUUCACACAGACUCCUUUUCAGUCUCUGCCGGUGUCUUUGAGAGCUUCAAUACCUGGAUUAAAACUAGAGAGUUUAAAGAGCGUCAAGUUCGUGUACGCGAAGACUUUGGAGGAGCUCGUCGAAGAUACAGCGUCCCUUCAUGAGCUGGCGUCUCCUCCCUCUCUGAUUAUCGUGGACGGUCUGGAUCGGUACUUGCGCGGGCCUGGAGUUGGACCGCUCCGGGACGAGCUGAGCCCCGCGGCCCAUGCAGCUGCGCUCCUGCACGACACCGCCGCUUUCCUCUCCCGGAAGCGAGCGGACGGCCAGGGCCCGUGCAGAGUCCUGCUCUCCUGUCAGUCUGAGCGCGAAGCCAGUCGGGAUGAUGAAGCGCCGGGGCCCGAGCUCCUCCUCCUCUCGGCGCUGGACCGUUACCUGCAGGUGAGGUGCACCCUGGAGGAAGUGAGGCGCGACGGGGAGGAGGGGCAGAACGAGUGGCAGGUGUAUCUGUCGGUCCCGUGUCCUUCGCCGCUGCAGCAGUGGCGCAUGGUGCUGCGGCCAGGAGCUGCUCUGGAGUUCAGGCCAGUCUUCGGCGAGGAACAGCAGAUCCUGGACCAGCCGGAGAAGAGCGAACAGGACAGUGAGAGGUGCGGAGACAACUGAUAAGAGAUUAUAUUACUAUACAAUAAUUUGAUUUGUCAAGCCAUGCAUGCGCAGAAAUGUUAUUUGGGAUUUUGACUAAGGAACACGAGCUUUUCUGGACUAAAUACGCAAAUAGUCAACCAUACCAUGAAACAAACCUCAGUAUUUAUUUGUGCGUCUACUUCACUUUUUUUAUGUACAGACAGUUCCUUUCGAGUACGUUGUUGUUGUUUUCAACCUUUGUUGACAUCCAAAUAAAUUAAAUACUUGA